AUGAUUCCCACCAGAGGGAGCCCAUUCCGAUCGAUCAGUCGAUCGACUGACAUCGUCGUGAACUCGUCCCCCAGCCCCAGAGCAGCCCCUCCGCAGUGCCGCUGGAUUAGGAUGCUGUCAUCCUGGCUGCAUCUCAUCAUCAGAGCGGAAGACUCCAUUGGGUUUGAUGGCACCCCUCGGAGGAUAGUUACUCUACGGCAUCGGACAGCAGCUGGAGUGGGAGAGGACCGGCCUCCGAGCCCAGGGUCGGGGACCCUCGGAGGGGGAAAGGACGAGAUCAUCCGGGAGAGGAAGAAUCGGAACGAUUCUGCGGGCGACUCGCGGUGCAGGGGUGGGGCACUGGGCAGCUGCCCAGAUGCUGGACCACAGAACCAGGAUGGACAGCUCCAAGAAGGAGAAGGGAAAGCUACCUUUAUGCUGUUCCCCUGCUUGCGUCUACAUCCCGACGACCCGUCUGUGAUGUGCCCUAACCUGUGGGAGAUGGGAGGAAUCCAGGUUUACCCUGGACAUCUUCGGGAUAAUUCCCUGGCAUGGGAUGCCUCAGAUGGAGGAUCAGUAAAAACCGUCUCCCCGCGGUGCCCGCCGAAAUCGCGUGGCGACCCCAGUGACACUAUCCAGUGCAGGGAGGAGAACCGGGGGCAAACCCCGGUGUUGAGGGGUGCCACCACCCCACCCCCAACACCCUUCCCGGGCGGAAUGUUCCCCAGGCCCUGCCCGAGCCCGUUUUCCCAUUCCAUCAUCCAGGAUCCAGAGAGCCUCUGCCCCCUGGAAGACCGCAGGUUAGGAGCCCCCGUGGCUGCUACUUUGGAGAGCCCAGGAGCAGGGAGCCGUCGCAGGCUGGUGACCAAAAGCCUGGGGGAGCCCUCAAAUUUGUCACAGCCCCUGUCUAGGGGCAAAUGGUGGCUCAAGACAAGUCUCUGGAGUCUAGCAAGGCGGGCAGCCUGCCAACACAAAUCAGACCCUCAGAACACCGACCCUGCUUGCAAGAAGCACCGGGCCCUGUGGUGGGCUACCGAAGACGUGAUGGCAAUCGCCAUCUGCUCGGAACAGGGUGCAUACCCUGCUUUCUUGCAUGGAUUUGCUACAGCCCUGUACCAAGGCAGGGGAAUGGAAGUGGAGCAGAUCCUGUCGGAGUUCCGGCUGCAGGAGGAGGACCUGAAGAAGGUGAUGCGGAGGAUGCAGAAGGAGAUGGACCGGGGGUUGCGGCUGGAGACCCACGAGGAAGCCAGCGUGAAGAUGCUGCCCACCUACGUGCGAUCCACCCCGGAUGGCUCAGAGGUUGGGGAUUUCCUCUCUCUGGAUCUGGGGGGCACGAAUUUGCGCGUGAUGCUGGUGAAGGUGGGGGAAGGCGAGGAGGGGCAGUGGAGUGUGAAGACAAAGCACCAGCUGUAUUCCAUCCCCACGGAUGCCAUGACAGGCACGGCAGAAAUGCUCUUCGAUUUCGUCUCCGAGUGCAUCUCGGAUUUCCUGGACAAACACCACAUGAAACACAAAAAGCUGCCUCUGGGCUUCACGUUCUCCUUCCCCGUGCGACACGAGGACAUCGACAAGGGAAUCCUUCUCAACUGGACGAAGGGCUUCAAGGCAUCGGGUGCCGAAGGGAACAACAUCGUUGGACUUUUGCGAGACGCCAUCAAAAGGCGAGGGGACUUUGAGAUGGAUGUGGUAGCUAUGAUCAAUGACACCGUGGCAACCAUGAUUUCCUGUUACUACGAGGAUCGCCAGUGUGAGGUUGGCAUGAUCGUAGGCACGGGGUGCAACGCCUGCUACAUGGAGGAGAUGCACAACGUAGAGCUGGUGGAGGGGGACGAGGGCCGGAUGUGUGUCAACACGGAAUGGGGGGCCUUCGGGGCUGCGGGCGAGCUGGACGACUUCCUGCUGGAGUACGACCGGGUAGUGGACGAGACCUCCCUGAACCCUGGUCAGCAGCUCUAUGAGAAGAUUAUCGGCGGGAAGUACAUGGGCGAGAUCGUGCGGUUGGUACUGCUGAGGCUGGUGGAUGAGAACCUGCUGUUCAGCGGGGAGGCUUCCGAGAAGCUGAGGACCCGAGGGGCCUUCGAGACCCGCUUCGUCUCCCAGGUUGAGAGCGCCUGCGGAGAUCGUAAGCAGAUCUACAACCUCCUGAGCACCCUGGGGCUGCGGCCCUCGCCCGCGGACUGCGACAUCGUGCGCCUGGCCUGCGAGAGCGUCUCCACACGUGCCGCCCAGAUGUGCUCGGCCGGGCUGGCCGGCGUCAUCAACCGCAUGCGGGAGAGCCGCCUGGGGGAACUCCCGCGAAUCACCGUGGGCGUGGACGGCUCCGUCUACAAGCUGCACCCCAGUUUCAAAGAGCGUUUCCACGCCAGCGUGCGGCAGCUGGCACCCUGCUGCGAAAUCACCUUCAUCCAGUCCGAGGAGGGCAGCGGCCGGGGCGCGGCCCUCGUGUCCGCCGUGGCCUGCAAGAAGGCCUGCAUGCUCGCCCAGUGA